CUGAUAAGGUGUUUAAUUUUGAAACCGGCUGUACAAUUACGAAAUACACCUGCCCAUAACGACAAUCUCGCUGCUCGUAAACGUAUUUGGGAGCCAUUCAUUGCUCGAUAAGCUUAAUCUUUGACUCUACGACAAAUUCCGCAAACAAAUUGGGACACGCAUUUUGAUCCCGAACGUUAUCUGCGGAGGAUCUAAUCUAAUCAAAGUUGUAGAGUCAGGUAGUGCAGGUGUUCAACGGUACCGUAUAAAAACCUACCCACGCGGAAGUCCACACCUCAGUAGAAAGGAGUCGCCUUCCCGGUAGUUCAGAAUGUUCAAGUACGCCGCAGUUUUUGUGUUGGCCGUGGCCACUAUGUCGGCCGCAACGCUGAAGAAGCCCGUCAGCAGCGAGGAUCGUCAAGGUCGUAUCGCCGGAGGUGAUAUAGCCGAUCCGAAUCAGUUCCCGUACCACGCGGCGUUGCAGACUGCCGAUGGGCUGACCUUCUGCGGAGCAGCGAUCGUGAACCAGCGAUGGGUCAUUACGGCGGGAUCUUGUGCCCAGGGAAAGGCCACUUCGGACGUUUGGGUGGUCGUCGGAACCAAUCGCGUUGAUGCGUUGGCCGUGCCAAGACACACCGUGGACCGGAUUGUGAUUCAUCCGAACUUUGACGUCAACGUGUACGCCAACGACGUGGCCGUACUCCGGGUGCUACGCCCGUUCAUCUUCAGCGAGUCGAUUCAGCCGAUUACGUUAGGAAGUGAUAACGUGGAAGCUGAGUCUAACGCCGUUGCCACCGGUUUUGGACGUACUGCGAUCUCCGACAGCACUCCGGCUUCGUUCCUGCGGUACGUCAACGUGGACGUGAUCACCAACGAGGAGUGCCAGGAGGCGUUCGACGAUAGCUACCAGGAGCGUCUGCACGGUAAUACGGUGUGCACGCGCAGCGCGGAAGGUUCCGGAAUCUGCCUGGGCGAUGCCGGCGGUCCGCUGGUCAUCGAUGAUACCCUGGUCGGUGUAAUCUCGUGGGGAAUCCCGUGCGGCAUGGGAAUGCCCGAUGUGUACGCCCGGGUGUCCGCGCACAGGGCCUGGGUGUUGGUGCACACCAUGAUCUAAGUUAUUGUAGGAUCCUAGUUUUAAGUAAAUGUUUUGAAUACAAGUAAAAUCCAACGAAACGACAUCUUAAAUUGCUUUGUACUGGUGCAACUCAAUAGGUAGCACAACUGAUUCUCUUCAAUAAAAAAAAAAAAAACAAGAUACACCGCA